CCUCCCGGUCGCUCAUUUCUUUCUCAUGGCGCACUAUACAACCUGAAUGCUUCCACGACAUCCAUAAUGGCGGACGGAAACCCAUACCGGGAAGAUGAGGUGGUGGAGGAGGAAGAGGAAAUCGAUGAAACUAGCUACAAAGCAGUGAAAGAUGCGGUCCUGUUUGCCAUCGAUGUUAGCGAAUCCAUGCUGGCACCUCGUCCUUCGACGGAUUCGAAGAAGUCUAUACAAGAAUCACCGACCACCGCCGCCCUCAAAUGCGCCUACAACUUCAUGCAGCAACGCAUCAUCUCCAAUCCCCACGACAUGAUGGGAGUUCUCCUAUAUGGGACACAGGCGUCCAAGUUUUAUGACGAGGAUGAAAGUAGCCGAGGCGACCUCUCUUAUCCCAACUGCUACCUCUUCACGGAUUUGGACAUUCCCUCGGCGCAAGAAGUGAAGGACCUUAGAGCAUUGGUAGAUGAUGAGGGAGAGGCGAGGGACAUACUUGUGCCAUCAGAGGAACUAGUGUCCAUGGCGAACGUGCUAUUCUGCGCCAACCAAAUAUUCACGUCGAAAGCCCCAAAUUUUGUCUCUCGGCGACUUUUUAUUGUCACCGACAAUGACAACCCCCACGGUGCGGAUAAAGCUCUACGAUCUGCCGCAACUGUACGAGCCAAGGAUCUCUACGACCUUGGCGUCAGCAUUGAGCUGUUCCCCAUUGCACGCCCUGAUCAUGAGUUUGAAAACUCCAAAUUCUAUGACGAUAUCAUCUAUAAAACGUCGCCCAAUGAUCCAGAGGCACCAGCAUAUCUGCUAUCGGACUCGAAAUCAUCGACAGCUGCUGGCGAUGGAAUCUCACUUCUCAACAGUCUUCUAUCCAGCAUCAAUUCGAGGACUGUUCCACGCCGUUCCCACUUCACGAACAUGCCUUUGGAACUCGGACCGAAUCUCCGGAUCUCAGUCUCAGGCUAUAUCCUGUUCAAACGGCAAGAGCCCGCCCGAAAUUCCUUCAUAUGGCUCGGAGGCGAGAAGCCGGAGAUUGCCAAAGGCAUUACUACUCAAAUCGCAGACGAUUCGACCCGUACGAUCGAAAAGUGGGAGAUCAGGAAAGCGUACAAAUUUGGCGGGGACCAGGUCACGUUCGCGCCUGAAGAACAAAAAGCACUCAGAGACUUUGGUGAACCUGUGAUCCGCAUCAUUGGCUUCAAACCUCUCAGUGCGCUCCCAUUCUGGGCGAACAUCAAGCACCCGCAUUUCAUCUACCCUUCGGAAGAAGACUAUGUGGGCUCCACGCGCGUGUUUUCCGCUUUGCACCAGACGCUCCUACGUGAGAAGAAAAUGGCUCUUGUCUGGUUCAUUGCACGCAAGGCUGCUGGCCCGGUUCUCGGUGCGAUGAUGGCAGGCGAGGAAAAGGUAGAUGAGAAUGGUGUGCAGAAGUACCCUCCCGGAAUGUGGAUCUUGCCUCUUCCUUUCGCCGAUGAUAUUCGGCAAAACCCCGAAACCAGUUUGAACGUGGCACCGGAGCCGCUGAUUGAUCACAUGCGUGUCAUCAUCCAGCAAUUGCAGCUCCCGAAGGCGUCGUAUGAACCUCUGAAAUACCCGAACCCAUCCCUUCAAUGGCACUACCGCAUCCUACAAGCCCUCGCGCUGGAUGAAGAUCUCCCCGAGAAGCCCGAAGACAAAACAAUCCCCAAAUAUCGGCAAAUUGACAAACGCGCCGGCGAAUACGUAAUAAACUGGGCCGACGAACUCGAAAAGCAAUACGCCAAGAUCUCAGCCGCCACACCCCAACCCACAAGCACACUUGUCAAACGAGGCGCAAAAGACUUCGACGACGAACCAAGCAAGUCGUCUAAAAAGGUGAAGGCUGAGGAGAGCUAUGAGAGCGUCGAGCAAGAUGUUCGUAACCACUAUAAGACAAACACUCUUUCCAAACUUACGGUGGCCGUUCUCAAGAGCUUCCUAACCUCUCAGGGCCUUUCCAAUGUCGGAAAGAAAGCUGAUCUUGUCGAACGGGUCGAGGAAUUUUUGGAGUCGAAGUGAAGUCCUAAUAGACGAUCCUAUCUGGCAUCUUAACCCUUUACACCGCAAUGAGACACGCCUCGACAUAUGCGACUUUAGGCUUCGGACAUUGGAUGAUCAUCAAACAAAUGCGCUGUGUCCCGACGGAGACUCUCUCCUUUGGAUUUCCUGAACGGCUCACUUCAUGCCUAGUCACGUGAUAGAAUGACAUGAAGCUUCGAGGGGCAAAUGAUAGUCCCCCGAGUUUCAAAAAGCACCUUUUGAUACCAGUAUAUGCUUCAACUCAAACAUCAAAAAUCAAUAGCAGAACAUAGGCGGUGCAUGAAACCUGCCAAUUUGGUGGCAUAUGAUAUAGGUAUGCAGUAUAUAUAUACAUCACCCACACUGGCACUUAGUUACAGUCCAAUCAUCCG